AUGAUCGAGCGCCUGCUGACGGCCAUGUACGCGCGCGAGCCGCACGUGAAGGUGGUGGCGGCGGUGACCGGCGGCGGCGUCUCCGUUGCCGAGAGCCUGUUCCGGCCGGGCAGCUCCUCCACCAUGCUGCACUUCGCUGUGCCCUACUCGCGCGCGAGUCUGCAGUCGUUUCUGAGCUCGGUGCCCUCGACAUCCUCCUCCAAGCUCAAGUUCUGCUCGGCGGAGACGUCGGAGCGUAUGGCACUGGCUGCGUGGAAACAGGCAAACGAAAUUACGCGUCAGGAGGCUGAAGAGGAUGACGCGCAGGCUGCAGCGUUGCUGCCGAGCGCGUUGAAGCGCUUCCGAGCGUCCUUGGGCAUCGCGUGCACAGCUGGAUUGGCGACCAAUUACCCCAAGAAGGGACCGCACGAGUGCUUCUUGUCCGUGUGUCAGGCUCGUGGGUCUACGCUCUUGCGGCCGCAGUGUGAAACGUACCAUCUUCAAUUGGACAAGACGUUGGGGCGCUCGAGGACGGAGGAAGACCACAUCGUGAGUCGCUGGCUCGUAUAUCUUUUGGCCAAGGCGGCUGAUGUAGACGUGGAGACCUGUGGUGCUUUCCGUGACGAGCUGCUGGCUGCACAGACUGGGAGCGAUGCGUUGGUGAAGUUGACAUCGGAUGAAGAAGACGCUAGUGACAGUGAUCCGCUGCUUGAUAUCUGCAGCGGUAAAUCGAGCCAAUUGAUGGGCGUCGCAUUUUUGCCGGAGAAUGCAAAUGGUAAAGUUGAAGCUGCUGCUGGUGCUGCCAUGACGACGACUGCUACCCGAGACUUUGACUUCCGCGGAUUGAUUCUGCCAGGGUCUUUUAACCCGCUGCACAAGGGCCACGUCGACCUCGCGCGCGUAGCUCAGCAGGUGCUGAAGUCACAAACGGGGGUGGAGUUGCCGGUGGCAUUCGAGCUUGCGGUAUCUAAUGCUGACAAGGGCGCAAUAGAGUCGGCCACUAUCGCGAAGCGCGUUGUACAGUUUUCACACGACAACACCUUGGGGUUGGGGGCGUGGCCUGUACUGGUCACGAAUGCGACGCUCUUUGGACAGAAGGCCGAGUUGCUCCCUGGCUGCGCGUUCGUCAUUGGCGCUGACACGGCAGUUCGCAUCGUGGACAAGAAGUACUACGACAUGGACGAGCAUAAGAUGGUGCUGGCGCUGGACCACAUCGCCCGCAAGAACUGCUCGUUCGUGGUGGCUGGCCGUUUUGAUAACAAGGUGGAGAACCGCUUCAUUUCUGCUGAGGAAGUGCUAGAGAAGUCGGUGCCGUCCGUGUUCCGCCACCUUUUUGUCCCUCUGCCGGAGUCCGCGUUCCGUAACGACAUCUCUUCAACGGAGCUUCGACGUCAGAUGGCAACACAAUGA